AUGACAACGAAGUAUGAAAACUUCCAGAACUUGGGGAGUGAGGAGAUCGGAAAAGCGCCUUCUCCCCAGUCCAUCCUGUGCAAUACCUUCUCUUGGACCUGCCUUAUCCUGUUCUCCCUGGGCCUCAGCCUCCUGUUGCUGGUGGUUGUCGCUGUGAUUGGAUACCAAAAUUCCCAGUUACAGAGAGACCUAGGCACCCUGAGAACCACUCUGGACAACCUCACCUCAAACACAGAGGUCAAAUUCCAGGCACUGACCUCCAAGGGUAACAGCUUGCAAGAAAGUAUAGGUUCUCUGAAAGAGGAGGUGGAGGAUAACAGGCAGGAACUGCAAGCAGGCCGCAGCUUGAAACAGAAGGUGGAGUCUCUGGAGAGCACGGUGGAGAAAAAGGAGCAGGCACUCAAAACAGAUCAAUCUGAAAUAUUCCUGCACAUCCAACAGCUGGGGAAGGACUUGAAGUCCCUGAACUGCCAGCUGGCCAACCUCAAGAACAAUGGCUCUGAAAUGACCUGUUGUCCCCUUCACUGGACGGAGUAUGAAGGCAGCUGCUAUUGGUUUUCUAAAUCUGGGAAAUCAUGGCCAGAGGCUGACAAGUAUUGCCAGUUGGAGAAUGCCCACCUGGUAGUGGUCAACUCCAUGGAGGAACAGAAAUUUAUCCAGCUCCACAAGGGCCCUGGGCAUACCUGGAUGGGCCUAACGGACCAAAAUGGCCCUUGGAGAUGGGUGGAUGGGACUGACUUUGACACAGGAUUCAAGAACUGGAAACCAUAUCAACCAGAUAACUGGCAUGGACAUGGGCUGGGAGGAGGUGAGGACUGUGCCCACUUCCAUAGUGACGAUGGUCGUUGGAAUGAUGUCUGUCAGAAGCUUUACAACUGGAUCUGUGAAACAGAGCUGGGCAGAGGCAGCUAAGACUCCCUGACCCCUAACUUAUUUACCCAAAGCCUUGAGCUGCUGAAAUUUGGGAUUGAUGAUCCUCUUGUCUCCCCAUCUUGGGCAUUUUAUCUAGGAUGUUAAGGGACGGAUAAAGAAUGGUGUCUAAAAAAUGUAGUUUGGUGUUUGGAAGGGUGGGGUUGUUGAAACCCAUGAGACUGUGCUGGGUGUAGGCUAUUAUUGUCAACUUUUUUACAGAAUAAAAGAAGGGAAAUACACAUUC